CGUCCAUUCGAUCAAUUUGUAUCUCGACGCAGUCUAUUUUCAUGGCGCCUCAAAGUGAACAUAUUAAAAGGCCAAUGAAUGCGUUCAUGGUAUGGUCUAAGAUGCGAAGGAAAAGGAUUUCCCAAGAAAAUCCACGAUUACAUAAUUCCGAAAUCUCAAAACUUUUGGGAGCUGAGUGGAAGCAGCUUUCCGAAUAUGAUAAAAGACCUUUUAUAGAUGAAGCAAAACGUCUUAGGACUCAGCAUAUGCUAGAGCACCCUAAUUAUAAGUAUAGGCCUCGUAGAAAAUCCAAGAUUAUGCUAAAAAAUUCAAUUCCUAAUCAUCAAGAACAACAAUUUAUUGAGAAGAAAAAUAUUUAUGGACAAAAUGAAAAUCCGUAUGCGCUGCCUACUUAUCCUCCUGUACCUCAGCAGAACGGAGCACACCAACCCUACACGCUAUCGUUUACUCUGCCAUCUUCAGAAAGGAUAUCUUCAACCUAUCAAGAUUCCAUUAGAAUAUCGGAGACUCGUUUGCAAGUACCCGAAGAAUUCCCAUCAUUCGAAAACAACAGUAAUCAUCCAAGAGAAUAUCUUCCACCAUUACUGCCUUAUUCCACACUACAGAGCAAUCUACAUCAUAGUCCCAUAUUAAGAGCUGCUUCCGUAUAUGGUUACCACGAUUUAUCUUCUAGUAACACGUUACCGUUAUAUUUUCCACAUAUUUGAAAAUUGCCGCUAUUAAAUUUUCAUAUUUAUCAUGGAUUUCAUAUUUUCUUUUGAAAAAAAAUAACACGAGAAAUGAUUCGACCAAUAAAAUUGGAUGCCAAACAAGUUCUUGUAUAUGUUAAUUACUGGCAACAAUUUGGGGGAAAAAUUAAUCUAAUUUCUUUCUUAGAUAGAAAAUGUAAGAUAAUUGCACUAUUAUUCACUUUUAACAGAAUAAAUGAUUAUUAAGAGUUGUAAUACUAACUCUCAGUUGAAUAGAAAAGUCAUUGAUAAUUAGUAUUUUUAAAGUGUAUAAAUAGUAUUUUAUCUACGACUGUUGUAUAAUAUACCCAUUACACUCUAGACCUUAAUAAUAGCCAUUAAUCACUGCUGUCACAGGCUUCCUUGAUUUUGCUAUAUUAUAUUAUUUGGUUACAAAAAAUCGGUUCUUAUAGAUUAAGCAUGUAAAACAUUACUAAAUAUUUUCAAUAUUGUUCUGUACAGAUGAAAAGUUAAAUAAGUAAAUUUUCCUAAACCAGAUUCCGGGACCUCCAUUUUGAGGGUAUAGAACAUUAACACUGAGCUGUCAGCUGUCAGAUUCAUGUGUUUGACGUAUAUCUGUUUCUCAACGUUCCAUGGUGUGUGAAACAAUUUAUGAAUUGAAACAGCUUUUGAAACAAAAUAAAUUUGUCUGAAAACUAUCAACACUAUUGUGUGUUUAGAUUUUUGAGUGUUUUAAUGUUUUAUGUAAAAUUAUGUUUGAAAACCAACUAAAGAUGGAUAUAGGAAAUGAAAGUGAAUUUUUUUCAACACCACCAGAUAUUAAAGAAGCUGCAUGAUCAAAUUUAUUGCUGGAAAAGUAAAGGAAAGUAUUAAAAUUUUGAACUGGCAACAGAGAUUAUUAAUAACUAUAGAUAAAUACCAUCGUAUUGUAAAAUUAGAUACCCAGUAUUUGUCAAACUAAUACAUAGAUUUUUGUUUGAAUUAUCUUGGAUAUAUUAUUAUUACAAUUUUCUAAAACUAUGUACUGUCUUUGAAAGAACAGUAAUAUAUUUUAUGGAAAAUUUCUUAGUAUAUAAUAAUAGUAUUUCUAAUAGUGUAACAAAAUUUUCCAACAAAAAAACUUCAACAACAAUAUUUAAUAGUCGUAGAUAAAGUAUAGUUUCGUAUAUAAUGAGUUAUUAUUCACUCGAUCAUUUAUGCUUCACCUCGUGAAUAAUAACCUCUAUCAUACACUCGUGAAUAAUUUACUAGUAAUAAAGAUUUGAUAAACAGUA